CAGUCUGGGAACGGCUCCAUCCCCACCCCUCAGAUAUAAAUAGGCCUCCGUGGCCCGGCCAGAGGAAGAGCCGCCCUUGUUUUGGGACUGAACAAGGGUAGCAGCAGCGAGCGCCCCGCAGAGAUGGCUCCUGCCGGUGUGAGCCUGGGGGCCACUGUGCUUUGUCUCCUGGCCUGGGCCGGCCUGUCUGCCGCCGACCGGGUGUACAUACACCCCUUCCACCUCCUCGUCUACAGCAAGAGCAGCUGCGAGCAGCUGGAGAAGCCCAGCGCCGAGACGCCCAGCGAGCCGACCUUCACGCCCGUCCCCAUUCAGGCCAAGACGCCCCCAGUGGCCGAGGAGGCGCUGCGGGAGCAGCUGGUGCUGGCGGCUGGGAAGCUGGAGGGCGAAGACAGGGUGAGGGCGGCCACGGUGGGGAUGCUGCUCAACUUCAUGGGCUUCCGCAUGUACAAGACGCUGAGCGACACGUGGACGGCCACCAGCGGGGCCCUCCUGUCCCCGACGGCUCUCUUCGGCACGCUGACCUCCUUCUACCUGGGGUCCUUGGACCCCACGGCCCACAGACUGCAGGCCUUCCUGGGCGUCCCCGGGGAGGGUCAGAGCUGCACCUCCCGGCUGGACGGACACAAGGUCCUCGCUACCCUGCAGGCCAUCCAGGGCCUCCUGGUUCUGCAGGGCGGGGCAGGCAGCCAGGCUAGACUGCUGCUGUCCACCGUGGUGGGCCUGUUCACGGCCCCCGGCCUGCGCCUGAAGCGGUCUUUUGUGCAAGGCCUGGCCCCCUUCGCCCCCAUCACCCUCACACGCUCUCUAGACCUAUCCACGGACCCAGAGCUCGCGGCUGAGAAGAUCAACAGGUUCGUGCAGGCCGUAACCGGCUGGAACAUGGGCAGUGCCCCGACAGGAGUCGGCCCAGACGGCACCCUGGUCUUCAACACCUACGUCCACUUUCGAGGGCAGAUGAAGGGCUUCUCCCUGCUGGCCGGCCCCCAGGAGUUCUGGGUGGACAACACCACCUCCGUGUCAGUCCCCAUGCUCUCGGCCGCCGGCACCUUCCAGCACUGGAGCGACGCCCACAACCACCUCUCUAUGACCAGGGUGCCCCUCAGCCAGAACGCGGGCCUGCUGCUGAUUCAGCCCCACUGUGCCUCCACCCUGUGGGAGGUUGAGGCCCUCACCUUCCAGCAUGACUUCCUGACAUGGACCAAGAACCUGGCUCCCCGGGCCAUGCGCCUGACCAUGCCGCAGCUGGUGCUGCGAGGGUCCUACGACCUGCAGGACCUGCUCGCCCAGGCCAAGCUGCCCACCCUGCUGGGCGCCGAGGCAAACCUGGGCAAAAUCAGCGACUCCAGCCUCCGUGUCGGACAGGUGCUGAACAAUGUACUGUUCGAACUCAAAGCAGAUGAGGGGGAGCAGCCCACAGAGCCCACCCAGCAGCCGGCUGGGCCUGAGGUCCUGGAGGUGACCCUGAACCGCCCGUUCCUGUUUGCCGUUUACGAUCAAGACUCCACUGCCCUGCACUUCCUGGGCCGUGUGGUCAACCCGCUGAGCGAGGUGUGAGGCCACCCGGCUGCCUCCAUGGGCGAGGGCAGCUUCGGGCAGCAUCACUCAGCAACACCCAUUUGUCACCACCGUCUUCUGCUUUUUCUUCCAAUGAGUCAGCCUCAAGCUGGAAGGAAGCUGCUUCUCCUUGGUCAGUGCGGCGCUGUGCGUGGGAGCAGCAAGCCCUGGGAGCGAAGCAGGCCCCCGGGUCCUUAGGUUUAUCUCAGGAGCUUGGGGGCAGCCAAGGGCCAGCGCUCAGCACAGGACAAAAUGUCCUUGUCCCAGAAAGAGUUCGCACAGACCAACGUGUUUGUGAAGCCAGUAAUUGUUUCUUUUCUAACUGGAAACAGAAAUUGGGUUUUAAAAUUAAAACGAAUGUUUUUCGCU